UACAGGGUAUUUCUGUUUGUUACCACCAAACACCAAAAGCACAAACUAAUUUCCCCAUAUAUUUGUGUUCCCCUUUUUUCCCCUCUCUCUUUGUAGUCUUGACUUGAGUUCUUUUUCACUUCAUUCCUAUGUAAUUGCUGUGUGUGUGUGUGUGUGUAAAUUCUUCAAACCAAAAGUGAAAAAUCUGUUAGUAGAAAGUGAAGAUAUGAGGAUGGUGAGGGCUAUUGAUUCUUCAGAGUGUCCAAAUAUUUGUGGGUUUUUAGUUGUUGAAGCUUAUCCUAAAAGGUAUUCAUCUAAGAUCCCUUCUGAUUUAGUCCUUUUCUUGGGCCUUGGCUUUAUUGAUUGGUAAUACAUUCUCCUCUUUUCCCUUCCCAUAUCAAUUUUCUUGAUUUUUACAUAAUCAAAAAUACAUAUAGUUCUGUUAUUAGAUGCAAAAAGAUACAGUUUUUCUGUAGGUUUUGGGGGAAAUAAUGGCUAUGGGGUUUCCAAGAUUUCAUUUUUAUAGCUUUUUUGGAGUUUUAUAGCUGUUGCUGAAUAUUUUGACUAUUUUCCUAUUUGGGGUUUUGUGGGGUUUGUAGUUAUGUGAUGAAUAAGUAAAAGGGAUUUAGUGGUAGUGUGAAUGUUGUGGUUGGGAUUAUCAAGAUGGAUGUGUUGUUAGUAAAGAACAAUUCUUUGUCAAAAAAGUUCAUUUGGGUACUUAAAUAUUGGAGCUAGCAUUUAGCAAUAGAGUCCCUUUUUAAGGGGAUAAAUUUGUGAAAUGGUAGAUACUCUUCUUAAAACAUUGUCAAUGGAAAAUAAUCAUCACCCUUCAACCCUUUUGUCAAUGGAUUCAAGUGCCUCUUCUUCACAUGAUGAAUUAGACCUCGAGAUGAAUCGCCAAGUUGUUAUUACUCGUCCGCCUGAUAUCAAUCUGCCCUUAUCCGCUGAGCGUAGCUCGCCUCCUCAGCCAUGGAAUUCGGAACAUUGUGAUAUUCUUGAUGUUGGGCUUGGUACCCAGAUCUAUGAACCUGAAACUUUUCUUAGUGUGCCUAAAGUUGGGAGGAAAUGUGUGAAACGUGUAGAUAGCAUCUGGGGCGCUUGGUUUUUCUUUAGCUUUUACUUUAAGCCCGUUUUAAAUGAGAAAUCUAAGCCAAAGAUGGUCCGAGAUAGUAAUGGGGUUUCCGGGUUUGAUAAAUCUGAUCUACAGCUUGACGUUUUCAUGGUUCAGCAUGAUAUGGAGAAUAUGUACAUGUGGGUAUUCAAGGAUAGGCCUGAGAAUGCAUUGGGUAAGAUGCAGCUACGGAGUUACAUGAAUGGUCAUUCUCGACAAGGCGAACGUCCGUUUCCCUUUAGUGCUGACAGGGGUUUCAUUCGAUCCCAUAGGAUGCAAAGGAAGCAUUAUAGAGGCCUAUCAAAUCCUCAGUGUGUUCAUGGGAUCGAGGUUGUGCCAUCUCCGAAUCUCAUGGUUCUUGAUGAAGAGGAGCGCAAAAGAUGGAAGGAACUCACAGGUAGGGACGUCAACUUCACUAUUCCACCGGAAGCUAGUGACUUUAGUUCGUGGAGAAACAUCCCCACCACUGAAUUUGAGCUUGAGAGGCCAGCUCCGCCAAUAAAGAGUAAGAAAUUGCUUAAUGGCUCUGGACUUAAUUUGUCAACUCAGCCGUCCAAUCAUAGCAACGGAGACGCGAUGGAUCUACUACUACCUGUCAAUGGAAAAAGGAAAAAGGACUUCUUCUCGAAUGGAAAUGAAGAAGAGUGUUAUCUGCAAGUAAAUCCUCCUACUUCCUAUCAAAUUCCAGACCUGGAAAUUCACCCAAAUGAACCAUAUUGGUUAAAUGAAUUUAGUGGGGUGAUGAGGGAUGUUUAUGGGCCCGUAACAGCUGCAAAAUCCAUCUACGAAGACGAUGAAGGCUAUUUGAUCAUAAUCAGUUUGCCAUUUGUAGAUCUUCAAAGGGUGAAAGUUUCGUGGAGGAACACGCUCACGCAUGGGAUAAUCAAGGUGUCUUGUUUGAGCACAUCUCGGAUCCCGUUCAUCAAGAGACAGAACAGGACUUUCAAGCUUGAAGCGUCAUCCUCAGAACACUGCCCUCCAGGGGAGUUUGUCAGAGAGAUCCCUCUUUCAACAAGAAUUCCUGAAGAUGCUAAAAUAGAAGCAUACUACGAUGCGUCAGGAACAGUGCUUGAGAUAUUGGUGCCAAAAGUUCGCGAGGGGCCGGAAGAAGAGCAUGAAGUUCGGGUAUGUCUCCGUCCUCACCUUGUGGGAAAUGACUUCAUUGGACGCUGACUUUAUAUUAUCUAUAUUGUGGUUUAUGGAACUGAAUAUGAUCUUGUGUUCCAUUUUCACACACUAAAUGUUGUGUUUGGUAGUCUUUUUCCAGCUAGUUUUUGUUGUAACAGUGUUUGCUAUGAAAUUUCACUCCUUGGUUUAUUAGCAUAGUAAUUGAUGUUGUGUUAUCUAUUAAACUUCAUUGCUUCUCAUGCUUA